CAACGGCCGCGGUGGGGGCGUGGCCGCGGCGGCCGUUACGGGCGGCAGUUUUGAACGCUGGUGCCGUUGGGGAGGAUGUGGCGGAGCCGCGUGCCGGGCGCCGAGCAGCGGGACGAGCCGAUUCAAAGAACGUCAUACAUUCUAAAUCAGGCUGCUAAGUCAUUCCUUCAGAUCAGACUUAUAUGGAGUCUGACAUCCAAGAUAAGAUUAACUUUGAAAUCCGCAUGCGAGAAGGCAUCUCUAAACUACUGGCAGUGAGCACACGGAAAGACCAACUGUUGCACGCUGUUAAGAACCUGAUGGUUUGCAAUGCCCGCAUACUUGCAUACAGAGCAGAGCUGCAAAACCAAAAAGAAGAGCCGGUCUCAUACAGAACUGAAGGAUGGUCUUCAGACAUUGGGUCAAACAACCGGGUGGCAUGCAGAGCGAAGGUUGCUAUAUCAGAUAUUCGAAUACCAUUGAUGUGGAAAGACUCUGAUCACUUCAGCAAUAAAGAAAAAUCACAGCGCUAUGCGGUGUUUUGUUUGUUCAGAAUGGGAGCUGAGGUUUUUGAUACAGAGGUGGCUAUUGUGGAUAAAGCAGUAACAGAUAUCUGUUUUGAGAAUGUAACCAUAUUUGAUGAAGCAGGACCAGAUUUCCAGGUGAAGGUUGAAGUGUAUAGUUGCUGUACAGAGGAGUCUUUAUAUAUAACAAACACUCCUAAGAAACUAGCAAAGAAGCUUAAAACAUCCAUCAGCAAAGCUACUGGGAAGAAACUCAAAGCUGCGCUGGAAGAAGACAGCCCCGAAUCCCUUUUGCUCACUGACCCAGUCAUCCAUGGAGCAAAAUACAGUUUGCUGGCAUAUACCACUUUGGGGCUGGAGAGUGCUGAGGACAAUUUCAGAACCCACAGCCUUACCAUUACAGGAAAUGAGGAAUCCUCUUUCUGGCUCCCCUUGUAUGGAAACAUGUGUUGCCGUUUAGUUGCUCAGCCUUCUUGCAUGGCUAAGGAUAUGAUGGCAGGGUUUCUUAAUCAGCAGCAAAUGAUAGGAAGUCUGACUAACUGGAGGAGGCUGUAUUGCAUACUAAGAGGUGGCAAACUCUUUUGCUAUUACUCACCAGAAGAAAUUGAGGCUAAACUGGAGCCAGUGUUGACAGUUUCCAUCAACAAGGAAACGAGAAUUCGAGCUGUGGAUAAGGACUCCAAGAAAAGAACUAAUAAUUUUUCUGUUAUCAACCCUGUGUCUGGAGAAGCUGUGACUCAACUUUUUGCUACUGACAGUAGGGAAGAACUUCGUAAGUGGAUGGAGGCUUUCUGGCAGCACUUUUAUGAUCUGAGCCAGUGGAAACAUUGUUGUGAAGAACUUAUGAAAAUUGAGAUUAUGUCACCACGGAAACCACCUUUGUUCCUGACAAAAGAGGCAACCUCCGUCUAUCAUGAUAUGAGCACUGAUUCUCCAGUGAAACACAAGGGCUUAGCUGAUAUCAUACAAAGAAAAAUUGGAGAGAGUGGCAGCGAGUUCCUGCUUGGCCAGCAAAAGGAGUCUGCAUCUUCCUUAUGGGCCUCGCUCUUUGAUGGGUCUCAUGAGAUGGUAGUGCAGAAAAACCUGCAUCCAGGCACAAAAAGUAAGACUGUAAGUCCUAAUGAUGGCCGUGGAAAGAAAAGAAGAGCUCCACCUCCACCAUCUGAUAAAUCACCAUACAGUGCAAAAGCACAGGUGAACACAGAGCAACUGGGCAAAGAAAACUGGGAGAAGUCUGGCAGUAAGAGUUCUGAUUCAGAGUUAUCUACCAUAAUGCAACAGAGACCCACUGCUGCUCCUCGCAAGCUUGGUCCUUGUAGAAAAAGCAGUUUAACUGACCACGGAAAUUCCAUUUCACUGGUUACUGAGACAGAGUCUGAAACCAAAACGGUACCAGCCCCUAGAGAGAAAUCCAUCAAAGUAAUGCUGGACCCUAGAUCCUGGCUGCAGCCAUAGAUGUAUCAGUUAGCUAGGAAGAGUCCCUGGAACUUUAAGUUUCUCAGCCUUAUACUGUAAUUCUCAAGAAUUAAAAUAGAUUUUAGCAUAUAGCUUGUAAAUAUGGAGGCUAAAGCUUUCUUCUUUUAACCAUGGUACUACUACUAGCUGUAGUCUCAGCUGUACUCAUGACUGCUGACAUCAAAAUGCACUAGUAACAGGGGCGUAGGGGUAUGGGAGUAGGAAGUAUCUCUAGCUGAAGUAACAGUGCUACUGCUGAACACAGUGGUUCAGUACUCUGUCCCUGAGAAAUGGGCAGCAAUCAAGUGUAUCUGUCCCUGCACCAGGGCUAGCACUGCCUUCUUGCCUAUCCCCCUGCCUCUCCCAUACGCAGCUCCUCAGACUAGUUAAACUGGGAAUUUCACACACAUUCAGCACAGAUCUUGCAAGGCUGAUUUUCUUGGGCUCCACAGCUGACUUCACCCCAAAUCUCUUAGAUCCCUGUUUGAGAAUCACUGCUCAUAAUAUAGUAUACUGUGAAAAGUUAUUCUGCACUUCUCAAUGAUUCUGUAACUGUCACUUUUUGAAACUGUUCUAUCAGUUUAGCUUGGAAUCUACUAGGUUCUUCAUGGUACAUAGGCUGUCUGAAUGGACACAGAUUAUCUGUGUCUGCGAAAGAAUGGAAUCAGUCACUGCUAUUUAUUUUGGAUGCAAACAUAUUUAAAAAUAGUACUAUGAACACCUCUUUAGGAUUUCAUUCUUAAUGUCAUUUUUCUGACUAAUGGUGCUCUUGCAGCAUAGCUUCUUCAUGGAACAUCUCUGCUGUUCCUGGUAGAUAAAUGGUUUGCCAACAUGGCCACGUUGCUGGUAUACAGUUUUUUCCCCCCACUAGUUCUCUCUGAAAUAACAGAGAAUAGAUACUUCAGGUGAAAAUACUGAACUUGGAGAUUCCUACAUCAGACUGUUUCACUCCUUCUGCAAGAAGCAUGGGUUAUUAUCAUUCCUGGGGCAGCUGCAAAGCAUCUACAGCAUAUAGGAAAGAGUCUGUUCUCCUGGACCCACAGCUUAAAUAUCCAACCCUUUUCCUGGAUGAUGCGUUUCUCUCAGACACUGGAACUUAUACAAGAGCAAAGGUCUGCUUGCAGACCUCCCUCUAGAGCCUUGCUAUUCAGUCCUGUGUUGAGAGAGUCAGCAACUGUAUACAUACAGUUCAUUAAUUUUUUUCCUAAAGUACAAAGGGCUUUGGGAGCUUUACCAUUUCUCCGGAAGAUAUUUUGAGCAUGGUUGGUUUGCUUGGUUUUUGUCUACUGAUAAACUCUUGGCUGCACAGUUGUAAAGAUUAUCUGCUGAAUUCCCUCAGUAGUUCACUGGCUAUUCGGGAUGGGGCCUGAGAUGCAUUUACAAAUCCCUUUGCAGGAUUAGAGCCCUUGGUUUUUAGAAUGUCCUUGUUCAUUCGUCAUUUAAUCAUGCUACAUUUUUCCCUCUGAAACAACCAUAAUUAUUUUUGCAACAAAUCAUGCUGUUACUUAAGUGGAUGGUUUGUGAAUGGUUUAUAAAUAGGAACAGAAAAACUGAAGACUAACUACAUGAUUUUGUAAAUUAGACAGAGUCAACUAAGUGGACUGUGCAACGCUGAACAAGAAAUAGGAAAAACAAACGGGGGGGGGAGGCCUUUUUUUCCAAGAUGUACCUGCAGUUUAUUUAGCUUUAAAUCUAGUUUUAAAUGAUACUGUACUCUGAAAAGAAAAAGGACCUUUUCUUGACAAAUCACCUCCAUUUAUUUGCUAUAUUUCAAAAUAAAUCUCAUAAAUAUAUAAGGCAAGAAGACAACAUAAUGAGGAUGUAUUCUGAAAUUCAACAGGCCACUGAAUUUCAACGAGCAGUUUCUCUAUUAAAUUCAGUAGCUUUGUUUUGAAUUGCAGCAAGCGUAUUUUAGGAAGGCAUUUAAUAUUAAUUUAAAGACUUCAAGUGAUGAGAAUUCACCCAUAUCUCCUCAAUAAGCUGUUGCAAUGGUUAAUGACCCCAGGUACAUUUUUCACUUGACUUUCUAUUUGCAUUUCAAGCUCCACCUUAAGUUAUUUUGGUCUUAUUAUGCCGUUGAUUGCUUAUAUUGAUCUCUAUAGUAUCAACUUUUCUAAUUGCCUGUGUGUAGUUAUAAAUCAUGAUUAUGUCCCUUUUAACCUUUUCUCUGGUAAGAUGUACUGAAUUCCUUAACUUUCCUAUUGCAGUGAAUUUUAUUCAAGACUAAUCUUCACAUUCUUCUACUUAUGUAUUAUUUUUAAAUAUGACAUCUGAAUUAGAUGCAACAAGUCAAUAGUGUGGACCCCCCCCCCCCCCCCAAUCAGGACCAUAUAGAAUCAUAAUGUGAUCUUCUUAUUCUGCUUAAUACCACCCCACACACUUUUUUCCCCCAAAAUCACAUUAACCCUUUUUUGCAGGAGCAUUGCCUUGGUUGCUGACUCUUAUGGCUCAAGUCCUGUUCAGAGUCUUUCAAGCAUGUCAGACAGCAUCCUCUUAUUAUCAUACUUUUUUCUUAGAAAUUCACACUGUAUUUUACCAGCAUUAAAAUACUGCGUAUGAAGUGAUCCAGACUGCUCCGUGUAAGUGACCUGUCCUCAUUCUUUACUACACCAGCUGUCUGCAUAUCCUUUGCAAAUUUACUGCAAGUGAUUUUUACAGUUUCUUCCAGAUCAUUGAUUUUUAAAAUUGAAUGCAAGGCAAGGUUUGUAGAGGGAGGUGAUAAGUUUUUAUUAGACCAGUGACAUAGCUGAGAAGGUAGGGAAAAGCAAAGAGACCGUCUGUCUUUUUUUUUUUUCUUUUUUUUUCCCCCUGAAUCUUUAAAAAAGUUAAGGUAGAAAUUCUAGGACAAACAUCUAUACCUGCUGAUUUCCUAUUAAUAUUGCAUUCUGAAAUUAGUUUGCCUCUUUCCAACAUGGCAUUCCAUGCUGAGUUUAUCUAGUAUUGCUAUUUUUAAUGAAAAUGUUAUGUCCAUCUGGUUUCCGCAAGGUGACUUAGGAUUCUUAAGACUAACACCUCAAUGCAUGUGUCUUUACAAGGCAAUCUUAUUAUAUCAAAGAGAAAAAUGCAGCCCGUUACUCAAGACCUAUUUGCCAUGAAGCUGUGUUGACUGACAUCAUUGUAUUUCUGUCCUUAAAUUAGUCUCAUAUCAGCCAUUUCACUGUAUUGCCCAAAUCACCACCAAGCAAACUGGGCCACUAAUAUUACCCUGAUCCCAAGGACAACAAUGUUGUUCUUGCAGUCCUGUGAAAUAUCAUUACUGUUUUAAGAUUUGUUAAAAUAAUUCCAAAUUUAGGCUCCUACAGCCAGAAAGGGCUUUUCACUAUUGAAUCUAGUUUCUAUUAUUUUAAGUAACUGCACUAUAUAAUCUCUAUUAAGAAGCAUCAGUCAACUUCAGGUUUUAAUAUUUAUUAAAUCUUUCUUUCCUUAUGUAUGUAUUGCCUUUUAUUAUUGCUUUUGCACUGUCUGUUAAAGAGCCUGGUUUAACUGAUUAAAAACCGCAGGCCACCAGCAAACUUUGAACAUAGCAAUACAAUAAAGUCAGUUCUAGGGAAUACGUUUGUACUCAGCUUUUGUCUGCUCAAGAGAACAUAAUUUUAGAAAUAAAACAGAACAAUUUUUAAUAGCAUAAUUAGAAGAUGUAGCUGUGAGAAAAAAACCAGGAAUUUUUUGGCUUUCCUCUAUAGUGACAAAUUCUAAUACUUUAUUAUUGACACUGGUCCCCUUCUUAUGGUUACACAGGCUUGUUCAGAGAUUAGAACUCUUAUCUGUUUUUUCCCCCUCACGUUUUCCUGACUAUGAGGAUGAAUAUUCAAAACAAGAAUACAGCUAAUAAACUGCUUGUACCCAUAGGAGAAGGACAGCUAUGGCACAGUGUGAUCUUUUAGGGAAGGUUGGUACAGUGACACUUCAGACUUUGCACUGAUUCAUUUCCCAGGCUGUUGGUUUUAAGGAUGUGGCCCAAGGCAACUGCUGAAGCCUGUCUGUCGGUGCUGUGUGGGGCUGGGGUAGUUGUAAACCUUCAUCUUUCAUAAGGGAGGUGAGGGGAAAUCUUGAGGGAGAAAAUACGGCCAGAGGGUUAGAAUGCAGGCUAUUCCUUAAGGGACAUGGUGGAAACCUUUUAUCUACUGCUUCUGGGUACUAAAAGAGAAGGUACCAACUAAGCCAUCUGAUCAGUUACACUCAGUCAUGAGCACGCUUUCAUUUCAUGACUCAAACAAAAUAGCAGGAAUCAAAAAAAAGUAAUUUGAUUGACAUCUGUAAUCAAACAGUGCAGCAAUAUGCAAUAAGUCACAAAGGAAUAAGGUGCUAUUAGCCAGCCUCCUGCUGUAACGAGGCUUGUAAGACAGCAAGAAGCCUGUGGUUUCUUCCCAGUCCUUGCAGCUCCCUUACCCUGUAUUCCCAUUUGUGCAGGCAAGUCAGUGUGCUGCUGUCUCGCUGUGGAGUCUCAGGAAAAAUAGCCUUUCUUUAGGGAUAUUACACCUUUAAUGAACAGCUCAAACUUUGAAUGUAGCACAGUGAAGACAGUGGUGGCUUUGUGCUUCUUGUUCAUCUCCUACUGCUGAACUAUGCAUGUGAUGAGGUACUUUUCUGAGGAACAUGGCAAGCCCACUCUUAAAAUUGAAGCUUGUUCUCCACUAGAAUGCAUUAAUUUCUGCUUCGAAUCAAUUAGGUAGUGAGGUUGCAGUCUUGCAGUACAGACAAGAGUCAACCUGAACUCUUCUUCUAGAAAAGUAUGACAUAUAAGCAAUUGCUAAUCCACAAUUUAGCUGAACAAUUUCACAAAACAUGAACAGCUUCUUACUGCAACUUUCGAAAUACUGGCUGAACAAACAGCCAAUUUGUUGACUUAGCAUAGUAACUUUAUAUAUUGCAUCUAAUGUCUUUAGCUAUUCUGUUUGUCUUGGGAUGGUAGGGGUACAUUGUGCAAUUUUAAGUAAUGUAACGUUUACAUUUUUACUUCUACUGUCAUUUUACUUUUUUCUAUAGUAAUUGUAUUAGUGGUUAUUUUAUGGUGGUUUAUACAUAUUUUGAAAUACUGUCCUAGUAUGCAGAGUUGAUUCAUAAUUAAUGUAGGUUGCCUUAACUGAAAAAUGCAGCUUUGGAAACCGAUGUACUAUGAAAUGUUAGAAAAGAAGUCUUUAUUUUUUGCUGUGAAUGUUCUGUGUUUCAUUUAACAUGUGCAAAUGAAAUUAAAAUGUUUCUAGAAUAAAA